AUGCACAAGCGGAAGGCGAGCGCCCCCAUCUUAGGGGACUGGCCCAGUGACUCAAAGCGAAGAUGUGAAAGAGGCGCCCAGGAAAAUGUCUCCUCUUGGAGAAAAGCCAAAUCGGAAGAACGUCAAAUACUAGACCAUGCUUUAUUAAAAUAUACAAGCGAGACGACAGAACCGUUGGGGGGGUUGAGAUUUACUCCAAUAAAGGAGUUAACAACUCGGCUGGAAAUCCCCCCAUUUGAGGACAACCAUGUUCAGGGGGGUAAUCUUUAUGGAGGAUCUCCAAAGGAGCACCCACAGAGCAGCACAAAUAGCUUCUCCCCCCCAAAGGACAGAUUCACAACUGCGCAACUGUCCAUUUUAGAAAAGGCUAAAAAUGACCCCAGUAACAGUAUAUAUGAAAAGGUAAAAACGGGGGAAGAAAGUAAGGAGGAAAUGCUGCAGCGGGAAGACAACUGUGAACAGAUGAAGAACGAUGCAAGUGACCCCCUAUGUGGAGGGAUGUCUGACGAAAGACCCGAACAGGAUGACGUAAAACAUGUAGGUACAGAACAUUUUAAAAUUACAAAUGGAUCCAUCACGAGGGAAAAUGAAGACCAAACGCAGAGCUCAUUCAACACCGAGUCUGUGUCAAAGGAGGAUAAUAAUGGUGCUGACUUAUCUCUACGUGGAGAUAAAUGGGCUCUAACAAAGCCCAGGGUGAGAAGUGAUCCCCCCCUGCUGUCUACCCUAAGCGACGAACUGCUGUGCUGCACUUCCAAUGGUAGCGAUGAAACGAACAAGCGUAGUGGUACCCAUGAAUGCAUAACACUCCCAAAGGGGAAAGAAGGGGGAAGUAGCCCUUGCAGAAGAACCAGCCAUGUAUACAUGAACCAUCAUGGGGAUGCCCCAUCUGAUGAGGAGAAGACGUUUUGUGAAACCCUAAUCAGCGAAGGGACCUCCUCCAAACGUAUUUACCAUUUUAGGAGAAGCAAAAAUAAUAUACAUAUAUACACACCAGGGGGAGGGACCUACUUAACCAUUAAGGAUAACGGGGAGGAAACCCCCGAGUCAAUGACGAGUGAACAAUCAAAUGAAACACUACACUGUGGAAGUGGCCAAAUGAAAGUUAAAGAGGAAGUUAACCCUGGGGAAGAACAGAAGGAUACCCAUUUCGUGAACACCCAAAGUGCUUCCUUCUUAAGAAGCAAUGGAGAGAGUAAUCACACGUAUAAUAAAACAGAUGUUAGAAAACGCCAAGUGACAUACGAAUUGGAGUAUGCUCAGAUGAACAGCAAAUCUUGCUUUGCAGAUGGACAAACAGAAACAACUCCCCAUGAGAUGCAAACAUAUGCAUGCAAAGAGAGUCUCCAUCCACGAAGACAAAGUGAACCGGGAAGGACACGGAAGAGAAAACUUACGUCAAUGUUGAAGAAAAAGGUAAAGGUGGAAAAAAAAAAAAAAAAAAAAAAAAAAAUCCCGGGGCAGAAUUUACAAAAAGUCAUUGUACGGGGGAAGGAGUGCUGGAGGGCGGAAUGGUUUGCACAAAAGAGCCUCCAGGGAAUAAAUUGCCAUGAUGGAGAUGUCCAUGUGGCUAUGGCGAACGCAGAAAUGAGCACGGAGACGAAUAUGAAGAUGAAGACUGAAAAGGGUAGUGGAAGCUUCCAGAUGAACUACCCCCAUGAUGGAGUAGAGCGCAGACACAACCGCGGGAAUGAGAACUCACUUGUGAAAAAGAGUAGACAAUUUUCCGUGUCCGUGUAUGGACCUGAAAACGCGAGACUGUUCGCUCUGUUCGAAUUAAUCAAAUACAACUCCGUUCCGGACAGCUUGAGAGAUGAAGCCAAUGUAUGCAUCUGCACCAUUAAGAAAAAUCUGAUGGGACAUGGGGGGUCCUCCAACAAAUCUCGCAGCGCUCACUUCCUACCUCUUAUGUUUGCCGAUUGGGACGAUGCCUACUCGCCUGCCUUGGUCAGAAAAAUUCAGGGAGAUAUGGUGCGCAACUGGGGCCAGUUUCCCGACGGGGGUAGUAGUGACGUGCAUGGUUGUAGUGGUAAUAAGGAGGAAGAGCCCCCGCGAGCUUCACCCUACUUAGAUGGAUACAAUUUUCCCCUCAAAGGGAACCACGCAGGGGGGUUCGAUCACAUGGUUAGGUGCGGCGGAGACUUCACUAAUGUAGGGGAGAACCCACCAAACCGCGUAACCAAUGGAGUUCACGCGGACAACGCCUCCUCACACAACCAGAACAACCUAGUCCACAGCAUCAACGCGUACAACCUGCACUCGAGGCAUAUGGCCCACACGUUCGCGGCGAACGCAAAUCUUGCUUUGCAGAUGGACAAACAGAAACAACUCCCCAUGAGAUGCAAACAUAUGCAUGCAAAGAGAGUCUCCAUCCACGAAGACAAAGUGAACCGGGAAGGACACGGAAGAGAAAACUUACGUCAAUGUUGA